AACACUGACCUAGAUUAUGUAAAGCAUUUCAUUUUCAAGAUAUUUUUGUUUAGGGUUAGUUGAAUAAUCCAUAUGAAAUUAUUAAGAUCUUCUUUAUAUGUUAUUUGAAUAACGGUAUUUGUCGCAGUGGUUUGCUCCUCAGGCUGCGCAAGGCUGUCAUAGCCAGUACAGUUAUCUGGGAGAGGGAGGGACAACAUGGCGUCCGAACAGGAAAUCUCAAACACGCCGCUGAAGAAGUCCAUGAGGGAGAAAGCUAUUGAGCGCAGGACAGCAAAUAAAGAACACAACAGUAAUUUUAAGGCUGGAUAUGUUCCUAUUGAAGAGGAGAGGCUCCAUAAGACCGGACUGAGGGGUCGCAAAGGCAUCAUUGCCAUCGCCAUCAUCAUUCUACUUUUUCUGCUUGCGCUUAUCAACCUCAUUAUAACUCUUGUGAUAUGGACGGUGAUACGGAUAGGUCCUGGAGGUUGUCAAAGUAUGGAGUUUCACGAGAGCGGACUGCUACGCUUCAAACAGAAGGCCGAUAUGGGCGUGGUCCAUCCACUGCACAAGAGCACAGUGGGCGGUAGGAAAGACCAGAACCUUGUCAUCACAGGCAACAAUAACCCGGUGGUUUUCCAGCAGGGCAACACUAAGUUAAGCGUGGAGGAAGACAAGACGUCUAUCGUCAGUGACUUGGGCAUCUCAUUCACUGACCCCCGCACUCAGACCACUUUCUUUAGCACUGAUUUUGACAACCAUGAGUUCCACUUGCCCAAAGAGGUCAAAGUUCUCAAUGUGAAGAAAGCCUCUACUGAGAGAAUCACCAGUAAUGCGUCCUCUGACCUCACUAUCAAAGGAGAUGGUAAAGCCAUUAUUCGUGGCAAUGAGGGUGUGUACAUCAUGGGCAAAACUGUGGAGUUUAACAUGGGUGGGGACAUUGAGCUGAAAGCGGAAAACAGCAUCAUUCUGAAUGGAUCGGUGAUGUUUAGUCCAUCACAUAUACCCAACUCGUCUCUAGACGGAAAAUUGUAUUUCAGUGAUGUGGAGAGGUAUAAACUGUGCAUGUGUGCAGACGGGACCCUGUUCAGAGUGCAGGUCAAAUACUCCAACAUGGGCUGCCAAACCUCCGACAACCCCUGUGGAGCAGCACACUAAUGAGAGAAGAUUACUAAUGGAAAACAAACACAUCUCAUCAUCAUGUCAGUUAACCACGAAAAAUAAACUGCCAAAGAUACAGAGAUGAUAACUUUGUGUUAUUACAAACAACCAAGAAAAAAUCGGUCUAACCCUUUACAAGAACACACCCUUCUGCACACCCACACACUUUAUUGGAGGUUUCAGACACACAUACUGCACACCUCUAUGAUGAUAAUUACUCUCUUAUAAUCAGAUAAACUCAGCCAACCCACAAUUUUAUGUAAUUGGCCGAGAGUUCCCUGUGCAUUAUCAUUGGCUCAUAUCAGUGUGUAUAGCCAUUAAGCUGCCAACUUUCAGCCUUCACUGCAUGUGCUUAUAGUGGAAUAUUUAAAUCCAUUGUUUUUUUAUUAUUACAUACUUCUACUAUCCCCACCUGUUAGCAAAUAACCACAUAAUGUAGCUUAUCCAAUGGUUUGCCAUUUUCCUACACUACACUGGAAUAUUCAAACAUAAUUUUGCAUAAACGGUUCACUAUACAAAGGCAGACCAAACUAGAUCUUGCGCUACCUCUGCCUGUACUGAUCUAUGCGUUAUUAGCAGUGCGAUUGCUACCAGUUUUGUGUUUCGGUUAACAUAACAGGGCUCCAGACUGCCACCAAAUGCCACCAAAAAUUUUACAUCCAGUUGCACAUGUGCGACCAGUAAAUUUGACCUUUUUUGUGAUGUGACACUGAAUUUGAAACAGCACAUUGUACUUUCUGCAUCUAUCAUCAAAUUAUUUAUUAGUAAUACAGUGGAAAUUUGUAGAAAUGUGGUUAUUUGGUUAGCAUGUUGUAUUUACAGUGUGUGCCCCUAAACUUUUCAGUUGGGGGCCACUGUGCUCCUAAUGAAAAAAGUUAGUCUGGAGCCCUGCAUAAUGACGUUAAUGGCGGGUCUAAAAAUGUGGCUUUAGAAGACGUUUGUUGGGGAUUUUAAAUAGUCAAUAUAACACAACGGCUCGGAUGUCAUUAAGAGUUUUUCAGGGUUAUGUUUUUAUAUGUUUACUUUGAUUUGAGCCUUUUGGCUUUAAAAUUACAAGCUACAUUUUAUUUGAAGAUCAUUGUGAGCCUGAUCCUGAAAUAACUUCAUAAAUGAAUAGAUAUAGCAAUGCAUUAACAUCUGGCACAUAAUUUUAAUUGUUUGCUUUUUGGUGCCCCGCUACUUUGAUUUUCUUAAAGUGCCAUGGACUAAUGAGAAAUGUGUAAUCUGUUUAAUAUGUUCAGAAGUGUGUGCCAAUGCAUUAUCUUUUGAUAAGAUAAAUACAGGAAACUAUAUGUUUGAGUUGUUAGAGUGAGAUAAUUGUGCAAUAUAUAACCUUAACGUCUUUGGCUUUGUUCAUCUGGGUACAUGUGUGGUAUUUAUUUUAUGUUUUGUUGUUUCUCAGCUGUUAAAAGUGUUAAAAUAAUGUUCACACUGCAAAAAUUACUUUCUUCGUAUUUUUGUCUUGUUUUCUAAAAACUCUUAAAUUAAGAUGUAUUUUCUUGAUGAGCAAAAUAAUCUAGCAAAAUAAGACUAGUUUUUAAACAAAAAAUAUAAAAUUUAAAGUAUAUUAGUGCUUAAAACAAGCAAAAAAAUCUGCCAAUGGAAUAAGAAAAAGUUAACUUUUUUCAUAAACACUUAAUUAAAGAAAAUGUUUCUUAUUCCAUUGGCAGAUUUUUUUUUUUUCUGGUUUUAAGCACAAAACUAAACUUGUGCAUUUUGCUCAUCGAGAAAAUACAUCUUAAUUUAAGAAUUUUUAGAUUCAUUUUUUAGAUUUUUACUGAAAACAAAAGACAAAAGACAAAAAUACUAACAAAGUCAUUUUUUGCAGUGUUACCUUCACAAAAGAUCAUCUGUGCUUACUGUCAGAGAUAUUUUCUUUUCAACCCUGCAGUGGAUUUAUCUAUUUAUCUCUUGAAUUGUGGCAUUGAAUGACUGACGAUCUAAUCAAACACUUUGUAUUGUUUAAAGGGUUUGCCACAACUAUUUGUUAAAAUGAAAUUAAAAAUAAGUGCUUUCA